AUGUCGAAGGAUACCGAACCACAGGCGGCCGCUGCAAAGAUGAUGGUCGAUGACGAGCCAGAUGACUGGGACAAGAGGAUCUUCAGCACAGGCUGUGCAGACGAGAAUGCAAAAUUGACGGACUGCUACUACGAAAAGAAGGACUGGCGGGCGUGCAAAGCGGAGAUGGAAGUUUUCCGACAAUGUUGGCAAAAGCAUGGAAACGACAAGCGGACUGAUUCGAAAGAUGUCUAA